AUGAUGUCUUGACCAUUCCCUCAUAUUCCCAUAACUACGGAGCCUUGGGCCAACCAAGGUGGUCAGCUAUGGCUCACCAUUGUUCAAACAAGGCCUUAGGUUGCUACCUCCUAUUUUCCAUUGUUGUGUCUAUCUUUUCAACCUUUACUUGUGCUCAUUUUGAUGGAUUUUUCCCUAAUGAACCAAUAAUAUUCCAAGACACUAAUGCUUAUGCACCAACACUUGAAGUUGAUGUUAUUGAACCAACUCUAAAAAUUGAAGAUGAUUCACAACUUGCUCCACCACCUGUAGUUGGUGCCAUUCCACCAACUUUCGAAGUUCAAAAUGAUGCACCACUUCUAAAUGAAAGGCUAAAAAAGGCCUAUGUUGCUCUUCAAGCAUGGAAAGAGGCUAUUUACUCUGACCCUUUGAACACAACCGGUAAUUGGGUUGGUGAAGAUGUUUGCUCCUACAACGGUGUGUUUUGUGCUCCCGCCAUUGAUGAUCCCACAUUGAAUGUGGUUGCUGGUAUUGAUCUCAACAACGCAGACAUUGCCGGUCAUCUCCCAGAAGAGUUAGGCAACUUGUUAGAUAUUGCACUUUUCCACAUUAACUCCAAUAGAUUUUGUGGAAUUGUGCCUGAGACGUUGGAGAAUCUUACACUUCUAUAUGAGUUUGACAUUAGCAACAAUCGCUUUGUUGGUGGUUUUCCAUCUGUGGUUCUCAAAUUGCCAAACUUGAAGUACUUGGAUAUCAGAUACAAUGACUUUGAAGGACCUUUACCUCCAAAGCUAUUUGAGAAUGAUCUUGAUGCAAUAUUUAUGAACAACAAUCGUUUCACAUCUAUCAUCCCAGAUACUCUUGGAAAAUCCAAGGCCUCGGUUGUGACCUUUGCUAACAACAAAUUCACAGGUUGCAUUCCAAAGUCUAUUGUGAACAUAAAAAACAUGAAUGAGAUUGUGUUCACGGGCAAUGACCUUGGAGGUUGCUUGCCACAAGAGAUUGGAAUGUUAGAAAGUGUAACUGUUUUGGAUGCUAGCCAUAAUGGGUUUAUAGGGACUCUUCCUAACUUGUCAGGAUUGAAGAAUGUCGAGGUCAUAAACAUUGAGCACAACAAGCUUAGUGGAUAUGUGUCUAACACUGUUUGCCAACUUCCUUUGUUGAAGAACUUCACAUUCUCUAACAACUACUUUAAUGGGGAAGCUCAAGCUUGUGUGCCUUCUUCCAAUUCAUUGGUGGCUUUGGAUGACUCAAAAAAUUGCUUAUCAGGAAGGAAGAAUCAAAAGUCAUCCAAGCAAUGUUUUCCAUUGCUAACUCGCCUUGUGGAUUGUAGCAAACAUUGUGGUAGAGGCAAAGGUAAUGACAAUGGGAGUACUUUAUCACCUUCACCUGUCCCAAAACCACCUAAGUCUAACCCUCCAAAGCUCGAGACACCAAAAGCUCAACCACCUCCAACCCCAAAGGUUGAGCCACCUCCAACACCAAAGGUUGUACAUUCACCACCACCCCCCGUGUCCUCACCACCACCACCAAUCCACUCCCCACCACCACCAAUCCACUCUCCACCUCCACCAAAACUUGUUCUCUCUCCACCACCACCUGCUUACUCACCUCCUCCUCCUAUCAACUCCCCACCUCCUCCUAUCAACUCCCCACCUCCACCAGUCCAUUCUCCUCCACCACAAACAUCAGUUCUCUCUCCACCUCCCCUAAUACAUUUUCCAUCACCACCAGUUCACUCACCUCCUAUGCCAUUACAUUCUUCACCACCACCUGUUCACUCACCUCCUCCUCCUAUCAACUCCCCACCUCCACCAGUUCAUUCUCCUCCACCACCAACACAAGUUCUCUCUCCACCUCCCCUAAUACAUUUUCCAUCACCACCAGUUCACUCACCUCCUCCUCCAGUUCACUCCCCACCACCACCAGUUCACUCACCUCCUAUUCCAGUACAUUCUUCACCACCACCUGUUCACUCACCUCCUCCUCCUCCUAUCAACUCCCCACCUCCACCAAUCAAUUCUCCACCUCCACCAGUCCAUUCUCCUCCACCACCAACACCAGGUCUCUCUCCACCUCCCCCAGUACAUUUUCCAUCACCUCCAGUUCACCCACCUCCUCCUCCAGUCCACUCCCCACCACUACCAGUUCACUCACCUCCUCUUCCAGUCCAUACUCCACCACCACCAGUUUACUCUCCACCUCCACCAAUCCAUUCCCCACCACCACCAGUUUACUCUCCCCCACCACCAACAUGGGAUGAUGUUGUCCUCCCACCACACUUUGGAUCUGCAUACUCGUCGCCUCCUCCUCCAACAAUUGAUGGCUACUAAAAGAGAAGUAUGCAAUGCCAUUAAAAUCGUUGUCUUUGUUUUUGUUAUAGUUCCAAAAAAAAAUUUUGUGCAAAGCUAAACUCCAUCUUCAUGAAUUCUAAUUAUAUAAUAUAUACUCAUUUCCAA